CUGACAUCAAAAGACCUGUUUGUCGCUUAACAAAAUCACUUUAUGGUCUAAAACAAGCAAGUAGACAGUGGAAUUCAAAACUGACUGAGUUUCUGUUAGCCAAUGGGUUUGUUCAAUCCAAGGCAGAUCAUACUCUUUUCACAAAACAGUCUAGUUCUAAAUUUUUAGCUUUAUUAGUAUAUGUUGAUGAUGUGAUAUUAACAGGAGAUGAUUUAGAAAUGAAGUCCAUUAAGUCCAAACUUGAUGAUACUUUCAAGAUUAAAGACCUAGGACCUCUACGUUAUUUCCUUGGAUUAGAAAUUGCUAGAAAUUCUAAAGGACUAACUUUGUGUCAAAGAAAGUUUGCUUUAGAUAUUAUUGCAGAUGUUGGAUUGCUUGCUAGGAAGGUUGCAGAAUCACCUUCUGAACCCAAUGUCCGAUAUUCUACUACCUCUGGUGAACCACUUUCUGAUCCCUCUCCUUAUAGAAGGUUAAUUGGUAGGUUAUUAUACUUAUGUACCACACGACCUGACAUCCAAUAUGUUGUGCAUCAUCUCACUCAAUUUGUAGCCAAUCCCACUGAUUUACACAUGACUGCUGCAAAUAGUGGGAAAGGUCUGUUUUUCCCAUCCGAUUCAGCUAUCAGUUUGUCUGCCUUCUCAGACUCAAACUGGCUGGUUGUCCUGACACUCGCAGGUCAACUACUGGUUUUUGUGUUUUCUUGGUAAAUCCCUAAUUAGUUGGCGUUCCAAGAAACAAACUACAAUUAGCCGAUCUUCUGCAGAAGCAGAAUAUCGAGCAAUGGCUGAUUUGUCUUGUGAAUUACAAUGGUUGUGUUACUUGUUCAAUGAUCUCAAUAUUCAGUUUGCUGAUCCUUUUGCUUUAUACUGUGAUAAUACUUCUGCCAUUAGAAUUGCAGAGAAUCCAGUGGCGCACGAACGCACAAAACACAUCGAGAUUGACUGCCAUCUCAUCCGGGAGAAAAUUGCAGCCCGCCUCAUCAAGUUGUUCUACAUUUCCACUGACAGCCAACUUGCCGAUGUUCUUACCAAAUCACUGUCGAUACAUAGGUUUGUAGAAUUGAUAGGCAAGCUGGGCAUGUGCGAUAUACAUGCUCCAGCUUGAGGGGGGGGGGGUGAUAGAGUAUAUAGAACAAAAUGUAAUUUUUGUUGUUUUCAGGGUAGUUAUUGUAAUUAGUAGUUUGUAUAGGUACUAGGUAGUAAUUUGGUGAACACUAUAAAGACUGAACAGUGUAAUGGAACAACUCACCGUUUUGAUGCAAUAAUCAGUUUUCCUUCCGCAAUUACUAAAUCUGGCACACGCCACUCACCUACUUGAAGUCGGAAUUGUCGGAGGAGCGCAGAAGGGAGGUAUUGAAUACCCCCAUGGACCGCCCAGCAACGACCUUUCUAAACCGCGCAGAAGGGAGGUAUUGAAUACCCCCAUUGGACUUAGUUGAUCAACUCUGAUCACUAUGUUCGUUUUAUUCCCCCUAACAAAACUAAUUUCUUAUAAUAAAAAGUGACAUUGUAU